GACGACGACGACGAGUUCUACACGCCUGGUCCGGACAGCCUCUACGCCUCCCGUGUCGUGAUUGCAGACCACUCGCUGCAGAGCGCACAGCGCCGUGUCCAGCGCCAGUACGACGCACACAGGGCGUUCGACAGCGUCGCCAACCUCCUUGCCCGCAGAGACUGCUACGCCUUCCUGCGCAGCUCGCUCACGCUGCAGGGGACGCAGCCCGUCUCCAGCAGGUUCACCUCCGCCGUCGCCCACUCGGGCCCGCUCGGCGUGCUGGCAGUCGCCUCCUGGGACGGCGGCUGCUACUUUGUCGACCCCUCAGACCUCGCCGUCCGCUCGCAGCUGCCCGGCCUGCACCCGGAAAAGGUGAGCGGUCUCCAGUGGUCGCCGACAGCGGCCUCGAUCUUGGCCACGGGCGGCUCCGAUGGCACACUGAACAUCGUGGCAAACCCUCUCGACGCCAGCUCUGCCGGAAUCACCCCGCUCACGGGCCAUCUUGCACGCAUCAACGACGUGUGCUUCCAUCCGCUGGGCAGGUUCGUCGCCUCGGCGUCUGCGGACCUCUCCUGGCGUCUCUGGGACGUGGAGACAGCCCAGGAGCUCUACUACCAGGAGGGCCACACAGACUCGGUCAACACCGUCUCGAUCCACCCGGAUGGAUCUCUCCUCGCCUCCGCGGGAAACGACUCCGUCGUGAAGCUCUGGGACCUCCGCUCGGGCAAGUCCGUCAUGGACCUACACGAGGACGGCCACAUCAAAUCCGUGCACGCCCUCGACUGGAGAAGCAACGGCUACCACUUGGCGUCGGGCGGAGCCGACGCCCAGUUGCUUCUCUGGGACGUCCGCAUGGGCAAGAAGGUGGCCUCCGUCCUCGCCCAUGACAAAUUGAUUUCCAACGUCCAGUUCUCCCCCUCAGGCGAGUUCCUCGUCUCAACCGGGUAUGACGGCGUCCUCUCCUUGACUGCUUCGGACAGUUGGAUAGUGUUCCACAAGUUCAAGACCCUCGAUAAAAUCAUGGCCUGCGAUCUCUUCUACCGCAACGGUAGCAACGACUACAAAGAUCUGAAUAUAGUCACAGGUGGCUGGGAUAGAAGUGUAAAACUAUACAAU